AUGCGAGCGAUUUGUCUUCUGAUUCUGCUAAUUUCGUUGGUGGAGUCUUCUCCGACUGUCUCCGGUUGUAAACGUACCUCCUUUAUAGAUUCAUGUUUCGGGCUUAUCCCAGCUAACAUGUGGAGAGUUGUGCCCAAAGAGGAAUUUGAAGCAAAGAAACCGAAAAUUCAAGAAUAUAUAAAUUGCAUAGGCAAUUCAACAUGUGGAGGAAUACGAAGUUUGCUGAAAACGGAAAAAACUAGAAUUGAUAUUAUGGAGAGAGCGUCUGAGAUUCAUGGAUGCCUCGGGAAUCGGACCUUCGAUAAUCACAAGGCAGAGUGUAGUUCUGGGGAAACAAUGAAAGGAUGUUCGGAAUACUCGAAUUGUUUAGUCCAGAAAGUGGAUAAAGAAGAAAAGUGUUCGCAUACUGACGUGGAAAAAUUUAAGCAGAUAGCAAUGGCGAUGACAGAGCUGUGCAAGAUGAAACUGGACUAG